AUGGGAACUGUCGUCCACCAGGCGACAGGCCCCAUCAGUCAGGGCCCCAUCAGUCAGGGCCCCAUCAGUCAGGGCCCCAUCAGUCAGGGCCCCAUCAGUCAGGGCCCCAUCAGUCAGGGCCCCAUCAGUCAGGGCCCCAUCAGUCAGGGCCCCAUCAGUCAGGGCCCCAUAGAUCAAGGCCCCAUCAGUCAGGGGCAGCUUGGGGUUGCGGCUGGAUCGACUCAAAAGUCAUUUGGUUACAGGCAUGCUGCUGCUGCUGCUACUCCAGCAAUGGACGGUGCUUUGGGGCGCGGGCCCCAGGAGACGGCCACCAGUGCGGACAGCAGCAAUGCUGCUGCCACUCGCCUCACGCCACGUUUGCCCGAGCAUGUCCAGGUGGAGUGGCGGCCGCGCACACGAACCCGAUGCGACGCCGGCGCCAUCGCGAGGGGGGUGAUCAAACCGCGGAGCAUGAAGGAGAGGCGGCGGCGAGACAAGAUCAGGCAAGCCACCUCCAUCCUUUUCCCCUCGCCUUCUCCCUCCUCCCUUUCCGCCGCGUUUCCCUAUUUCCCCUCCCUUUUCCCCCACCCCGUUCCCCGCUGCUCGACCAGCAAUGGGCUGAGCCAGCUGAGCCUAGUACUUCCUGCCGUGCGGAUAGUGACACACAUAGUGACUUUUGAGUCGACUCAAAAGUCACCUAGCAAUGGGCUGGGCCAACUGAGCCGAGCAUUUCCUGCCGUGCGGCUACUGGCACACAUUCCAUGGUUCCAUCGCCCCUCCUCUCUCGCCCCUCCUUCCCCCCCUUCCUUCCCCGCCUUUCCUUCUCCUCGUGCCUUUUCUCCCCACCUUUUUCCAACCUCCGCCACCCCCGCCCCCUUCACGAGCAGCGAUGGGUUGCGGCAGCUGAGGCAAGCACUCCCCGCCAUGCUGCUUGGGCCACGGCAGGACAUGGCGUCGAUGAUUGAAGCGGCCAUCCACCAUAUUGGCAAUCUCGAGGAAAUAGAGGCGGAUGAGGAUGGGGAUGGAGGGGAAAGGGGUUCCCAGAAGGAAACUGUGAGUGGAUGUGAGAUGCCAAGGAGCGGGCUUCGGGAUGUGAAGGCGGAGGAAAUGGAAGGGGAAAUGGAAGAAGACACCGAAGGCAGCUCGGAAAAUGAGGAAGAUGCAGACAACAAUGAUGGCCACGAUUCACGCAUCAACAUUCAAGUUAAAGAGUAA